CAGGAGGCAGUGACGUCACCGUAGUAAACACCCACAAGACACUUACUCAUUCUUAAACAAUUUAUUAUUUUUAUUAUUAUUAUUAUUAUUCCGCCGCCACCACCACCACCACCGCCACCACCACCACCACCACCACCACCAUGUCUAUUGCCAAUAUGGAGAAGCACCUGUUCAACCUGAAGUUCGCGGCGAAGGACCUUGAGAGGCAGUCCAAGAAAUCAGAGAAGGAGGAGAAAGCUGAGAAGGUCAAGCUUAAGAAGGCCAUCGCUAAAGGCAAUAUGGACGGUGCCAGGAUCCACGCGGAGAACUCUAUCCGCAACAAGAGCCAGGCCCUCAACUACCUACGCAUGGCGGCGCGGGUGGACGCCGUCGCCUCCAGGGUGCAGACCGCAGUCACCCAGCGCAAGGUGACCCAGAGCAUGGCGGGCGUGGUGAAGAACCUAGACGCAGCAAUGAAGAGUAUGAAUCUUGAGAAGAUAUCGGCUUUAAUGGACAAAUUUGAGCACCAGUUUGAAGACCUUGACGUCCAGAGCGCUUACAUGGACACAGCGAUGGGCCAGACGGUCACCACAGCCAUUCCACAGGACUCGGUCAACUCUCUCAUGACCCAGGUCGCGGAUGAAGCUGGGCUGGAGCUAAACAUGGAGUUACCACAGGGAGGCACCACCACAGUCGGGGUGACCGCCACUCAGGCCAGCCAAGACCAGGACGAACUCACUCAGCGCCUCGCCAAACUCAGGAACGCCUAGAGUGGUGGUGGUGGUGGUGGUGCUACUACUACUACUACUACUACUACUACUACUACUACUACUACUACUACUACUA